GCGGGCGUCCCGGGGCCGGGGCGGAGCCGCGCGUGGGGCGCUGUGUGCGGGAAGGCGCUUCCCGGGAUCCUGCAUGUUCCUUGCGGGGGGCCGGCUCCGGGGCUGGGCCGCCGCACCGAGCCGCGGCAUCGCGGAAUUCUAUUUGUAAAUGUGUACGUGUGGCUCAUGUGCCGUGAGGGGGUCUAGGGUCGUGUUUUAGGGAGUUGCAUUUGCUGUAGCGUUGGUCGUGGGGGGGGGGGGUUGAGGGCUGGUUGUAGCCCAUCUGUAUUUCGUGGGGUUGUGUUUUUGGUUUGUGCAAGCAGUCUGCAGGCUUUGAAGAGCUGCAUUGCUGUUGCCGAACUGUAGUUCUGCCAAGGUUGCCAUUGUUUGCGUUCUGGGAGGGCAGCCGGUGGCCUCGCAGGAAGGCGGCAGGUCGCGCCGGAGGAGGGCUCUGGGUCGGUUCCGUGCGACUUCUUUCCAGGAGAGGUUUAGCUUUUCUCCGGCGUCUCUGAUGCCAGAACAAGGCCCCAGAAUGAACGGUUUCUCUCUGGGCGAGCUGUGCUGGCUGUUCUGCUGCCCGCCCUGCCCCAGCCGCAUCGCCGCCAAGCUGGCCUUCCUGCCCCCGGAGCCCACGUACACCGUGCUGCAGCCCGAGCAGCAGCAGGAGCCCGGGGCGGCGGCCGCGGCGGGCACCCCCACGGGAUCCGCCACCUGCAGCCUGCACCUCAGCGAGCGGGCCGACUGGCAGUAUUCCCAGCGGGAACUGGAUGCCGUGGAAGUGUUCUUCUCCCGCACGGCCCGAGAUAACAGGCUGGGCUGCAUGUUCGUCCGCUGUGCCCCCACUGGCCGGUACACGCUGCUCUUCUCGCACGGUAAUGCUGUGGACCUGGGCCAGAUGUGCAGCUUCUACAUUGGCCUUGGCUCCCGCAUCAACUGCAAUGUCUUCUCCUAUGACUACUCCGGCUACGGGGUGAGCACCGGCAAGCCCUCUGAGAAAAACCUGUAUGCAGACAUUGAUGCAGCCUGGCAGGCCCUCAGGACAAGGUAUGGUGUGAGCCCUGAGAACAUUAUCCUGUAUGGUCAGAGCAUUGGUACUGUCCCUACAGUAGACCUGGCAUCUCGGUACGAGUGUGCAGCUGUGAUCCUCCAUUCUCCCCUGAUGUCUGGAUUACGGGUAGCUUUUCCUGACACCAGGAAAACCUAUUGCUUUGAUGCUUUCCCAAGCAUUGACAAGAUCUCCAAAGUGACCUCUCCUGUGCUGGUCAUCCACGGUACGGAAGAUGAGGUGAUCGAUUUCUCCCAUGGCCUGGCCAUGUACGAGCGAUGUCCACGAGCAGUGGAGCCCCUCUGGGUGGAAGGGGCUGGGCAUAAUGACAUAGAGCUUUAUGCACAGUACUUAGAGAGACUAAAACAGUUCAUAUCUCAUGAACUUCCCAACUCCUGAAGAAGCCUACCUGAUUUUACCUCAGUUACUGUGAACGGAAGAAAUUACCUGGUUUUGCACAUGCUUUAACUGGAUAGCUGUAAUAGCUUUAUACUAUGAAGAAAUACCCUGUCUUGAGGGUGUUCUAAUCAAACAUCUGAUGAAAUUUGUCUUUUCUAUCUGGAAAUGAUUCUACUAAUGCACACAAAUAUGGUCAACUACUGUAAUUCCAACAAUUUUUAGCUUCAUUGCCCUGAAGGAAGUGGGAAUCCUAGCUGCUUAUGGGGACACUUUUUACCUAGUGCUGUAUUAAUUGAAGAUCAGUUUUCUCUGUCUCACUUCAGAUCAUUUAUAAUUCUGUCCUACAAAGACUUUUUCCCCACUGUGUUCUCAGAGUGGAGAACACAACUGUUAUGAGCUACAGCUUGUUCUGAACAAUCAUGGGUUCAAUCUAAGGGAGUACUUUCUCUGUGAAGUUUCUAGCUGUGGUAUUGUAACUGGAAAGUUAUUGUGAUGAAGUUCCCCCUCCUCCCUUCUAGUGUUCUUUUGUUAACUUACUGAUCUUCCCAAGUAAAUUAUUUAAAUAUACUUUUACCUGAAAAUAAACAAACUACUAUAUGGGGCUAAAUUCUGUAACGACCUCUCCAUUACUUGUAUAAACAUAACUGGAAUAUUCUUAAAGGAUCUAGGGACAAAACUGCUUUUGUUUAAAAAUAAAUGUGUAAAUUUACUACUAGAAAACUCAUUUUAAUAUUCAGAUUGUCUGAAUAAUAGCCAUAACAGACAUUUCCUUCUGUAAAGCAUUCCUGUAGACUUUUUAAAAGUACUGUACAUAUUUGAAUUUACAUUGUGCAUAGAUUCUUAAUUGGUAGUUUUAAUUUAAGUCUAGUUACAAUAAACUGCAAAAUUCUGGUUUGUAUAUGAUUGAAUACAUUUUGUUAAAAUAUGUUUUUAUCCCUAUAUUAUUUUGCUAUUAAAGUUUUAUAAAGUUUCCAGGACAAAAAAAAAUUUACACAUUUAUGUUUUGAUGAAUUAUGUAACUAAAUUUUCAUUGAGCUGAUCUUUUUAGUUUAGAAGUAAUUUGAUUCUUUGACACUGGAAUCGCACAGAUUAUGCAUCAGAAAUGCAAAACACUUAAAAAUUGUUACACUACUAGGAUAGGUCUAAUUUUUCCAAAUUUAAAGGCCUUAAAUGUACUGUAAGCCUCAGAUUGUUGUAUAAAUUGAUUGCAAUUGAUUGCAGUUUGUGUCCUGUUGCUAGAAAGCAACACAGUGAUUGUAAUGGAAUAAAGGAUGCAUGGAUUAGA